AUGUUGUUCAUAUUUAAAAUAGAUGCUCUGAAGUGCAAUGUGUGCAGCUCCACCACAAUCAAUGGCGCAUGCAACCAGUCAUCCCAAACCUGCCAGGCACCCCUUGAUACCUGCAUGACCACUGUGGACACAUUUUGCAAAAUAAAGGCCAUAGGGAAGUAUUGCACCAGUGCAAGGACCUGCAAAGGAGCAGCGUCAGGGGCCUCAGUGGAUGCGAAUGGCAAUGGGAACCAAGUCACCUGUUGCUCCAGUAACCUUUGUAACAUCAACGGAGCGACUGGUGUUGGGCUAAGCACACUACUGACUCUGGCUGUGUGUUUUAGCCAUGCUGUGCUCAGCAUUCUCUGGCUGCUCUGA